AAAGAGAAGUCCCUCGCGCCUGGGCAGGUUGUCAUAGAAAUCUCGGUCAACAGAAAAGUCAAGGGACCUGGUGAAAGAGCAAGAAGCAUCACUCAUGUACUUCGUGUGAGCCAAGCUGACCCUUCUGUGCUGACACACAUGAUCCUGCGCACACUAAGGACAGCACUGGAGGAGGAGAGACGGGGACACAAACCCAAACAAGAGUCCAAAGAUGAACAGGCGGAGGCACUGCAGUAUGAGGGAGAGGAGGAGCAGGAAGGGGCUGUAUACGGCGUGUAUUUACGCAGUUCGAGCGCACAACAGGCUCCUGUGAAAGUCUUAACGCUGCGUGCUGGAACUCUUCCCAGACUUGUCCGCCAUCUUCUAGAAGCCCGGUUCCUGGGGGACACCUCCUACAUCCCAGUAUUCCUGGCCACCUAUCGGGCUUUCAGUAGCACCAGUGAGGUGGUGACGUUACUGCUGGAAAGGUUACAGAGCAAUAAUCACUCCCAGACCAGCGACCAAUCACAUGGAGGGAAGGAUGAUGACAUCAGCAGUCUCUUCUGUGCCUGGAUGUCUCAGCACCCCAAAGACUUCCUGUCUCUUCAGCCGGAGAAGAGGGAUCAGCUGUCUUUCUGCCUUUCCAGGCUGCGGAAGUCGAAUUUGGUAGCAAAACUACAGGAGCUCCGUGCCGGCGACAAGAACGGCGCAGAUCAGCCCCCAGCGGCAGGGGUCAAGGCAGAACACUCAAACGCCCUGGAUGUCCUGAUAUUUCAAGCCGGAUACGUGGCCGAGCAACUCACCUGCCUAGAAGCUGCUCUGUUCCUAAAAGUGGUCCCAUACGAGUGUCUGGGGUCAGUGUGGUCCCGACGAGACAAGGGCGGGGACCAUUUUGACCGAUGCCAUUCGGUAAGAGAGACCGUGCGUCACUUUAACCGACUGUCGGGCGCUGUGACCGCUUCUUGCGUCCAGGACCCCCAACUGAAGCCCCAGCAGAGGGCGCGGAUUAUCGAGAAGUGGUUGAAAGUGGCCGAGGAAUGUUGGAGCCUCAGGAAUUUUUCAUCGGUCUACGCCAUUCUGUCUGCGUUACAAAGCACGGCUGUCCACCGCUUGAAGAGAGUCUGGGCCGAGACAACCAAGGAGAUCCAGCGCAGUUACCAGGAGAUGAGUGAAGUUUUCUCGGAGCAAGACAACUAUGCCAGGAUGAGAGAGCUGCUCUUCCAGUCUCAGGACAGUUCUGAUGCAACCUCCAAAAGGCACCCGCCACGUUCCAAGGACCCCAGAGCCACGGUGAGUGGCGUCAUUCCAUAUCUCGGAGUCUUCCUCACCGACCUCGUCAUGCUAGAUUCUGCCAUCCGAGAUCAGCUGGAGAAUGGAUAUCUUAACUUUGAGAAGAGAAGAAAGGAGUUUGAGUCGCUUUCUCAGAUUCGGAUGCUACAAAACGUCUGUCUGGGCUAUCGGUUCACUUCCGAUCCACUGUUUGUCAAAUGGUUCCAGAAACUGCGCUCAAUGAGUGAGGAUGAGAGUUAUCGACUAUCAUGUGACAUUGAGCCAACGCAGGACAUGACACCGGGGCCCCCAAUGAAACCUACAGUGGUUAUCACACACUGCACUGAUCUUUUGGCUUCCAUUGUUGCUCCAUUUGGACCCAGCAUGCAUUUGGUGGCUUGGGAUGCUCCCUGUGAACGACUGACAACACCCAGCCUAACCGCACAGCAGAGGAGCCCCUCCGUCCCUACGCUGGACUCACAAUGCUCCCCCAAGCCGCCUCCUAAGGGGUUUCUAACACCGGCUGUUGCCGGACGCACACACAGACGCUCCGCCUCCUGCGGCAGCCCCUUCACCACCGUUCAACACAGCAGCUCUGCGGAGCAUAUCGCGGAGCCAGGCAAAAUCCCAGAUCCCGCCGAAGACCACCGCAUCAUCCGGGCACGACUGGAGCCUGCAGAGCAAAGCAGUGUUUACAAGAGUGUGCGGAUCAACAGCCAGGAAAAAGCUCCAGCAGUGAUCGACCGCAUCCUGAGAAAACAUCACAUGAACACACAGGGUUCACACGAGCUAGUCCAGAUAUUGCCAGGCAAUAAAGAACUGGUCUUUCCAGGGACAGCAAACGUCUUCUAUGCAAUGAGUUCGGCCAGUCUGGACUUCCUGGUCCGUCCACACCAAGCCGUCACAAUGCCUCCCGCCGAGACCAAACCUCAACAUCGGGUACAAAUGAAUGCCACCUAUCCCAAAAUCAAGGUCAAGGCCGGAGACCUGGCAAGGUCCCUCUUCUAACUGGCUGUUCCAGGCAUGGAGCUUCAAAAAAAGGACACUUUCUUUCAUGCUACAAUGGAUGCAUGUUUGUUGAAGGAAAGCAUAGAAUGCAAUGCAUUUACCAUGAAGCCUUCAGAAUCACUCCCAGCUCAGGACAAAGUGCUCUCAAUGCUUUACCCCAAGUGGCCUUCUAUUACCCUUCAAUGGGGACAAUGACUGGUGUUCAGACAUCAGCUUUACACGGCUGAUAUGAAAUGCUGUCACAGGCCUUCCAUCAGCAGGAACUGGUGCAAUUUAUCAUUUUAUGUGACGUCACUGCACCCUGCCCAGGAAGUGAUGUCGCAACCGCAAGUUAUAACAUGCUGCUCAAUUCUCUAUACACUAGCAUAAAAAAAAAACACUAUGUACUGUUAUUUUUAUGUAUUUCUGUCUGUUAAUUUUAUCUACCGUAUGUAAAAUUAA